AUGGAGCCCCACUCACCUAUCGCCAAUGAAAUGGACACGGGUGUAUUCCAGUACCAGCCCCUACCAGUUGGAGAGCGGCCCUUACGGCUGCUCGACAUAUUACCUUCAGGCAGCGAUAAUACAAUCCAUUGCGCACUGAAAGAUGACGACUUAUCAACGGGCUCGAAAGUUCCCUUUUACGCAGUCUCCUACACCUGGGGCGACCCUCUGCCUGUCCAAACAAUUAAAGUGAACGGCAAAGACAUGGAAAUACGGCAAAACCUUUAUGAUUUCCUGCUUGAAACGAGGCGCCGCCGUUCUAAACACCGUCAGAGAUUGUGGAUCGAUGCAAUUUGUAUCAAUCAAGACGACGUGGCUGAAAGAAACCAGCAAGUCCAGCAGAUGGCGCAUAUUUAUCAAGGAGCUGAGACUGUGUAUACUUGGCUUGGUUUGUCGGAUGAGAAUAGCGAUAGAGUUUUUUCCACAGUUCAGGCUUGGAAUAGACAACGAGACAGUGGCUUGGGGACCAAAAAUCUCAAAGAGAAAACUCGUUGUAUCGGUGAUGCUUUGAUAAAUUUCUUCUCGAGAAGCUACUGGAGUCGACUCUGGAUUCUCCAAGAAAUCUACCUUGCUAAGAAGGUGGAAUUAUGUUGUGGGAAAAGAGAAAUGCCACUAAGGAACCUCCAAAGAUUUUACCAGUCCGAAAUAAACCAAGGCAGAAGGCUAGUUCAUGGUUAUCUGGCUGAUCCUCCGGGUUUUCAGGUUUUCUAUCAGUCGAUUUUUUACCGAAAAGACACCAAGGAGCUGGAGAUGAUAUUCGACUGGACUCAAGAGCAUAUGCAAAACAUAGAGUGCAAUCUACACACUAUGCUUUUCAAGAAUCUUCAGUGUGGCGACGUGCGUGACAAGGUCUAUGGAUUUCUUGGUCUGGUCGCAGAUGCAAGAGAUUUUAGAGUCGACUACUCUGUCUCUUACGCCGAACUAUUUUUCAACGUUGUUCGGCAUUUCGAAAGAUUUGACACGAUAUCAAAAGCGCUGGUAUUGAUGAAAGAGCUUGGUCUGACGUGUGAAGAUAUUUCGAGUUAUCUUGCGUCUUGUGAGCGAGAAGGGAAAAUGGUGGAUGACAUCUGGACAAGGGCUCAUAUAGAAACCGUCGAAGAUUUACAGAAUAUAUCUGCGAGCUAUGAGGAAGAGACAUGGGAGUACAGUGGCCUCCAAUCAACAAUUCCUCAUGAAACCGUUGACGGCCAAGUGACUUGUGGAGCAUAUCCUCACCGACUCGGUCGAAAAGAUCUCGCCUGUGAUUUUACUUUCGCCGACAGCCUAUCCUUCCUACUCAUUUUACGCCGCGAGGAAGUCAAUUACAAGUAUUUAGCAGUCUCGCAAUGGAAAGGCGACGACGCCUUUCUUAUGAACCUAGAAAGAUAUUCUAAAACCGGGGCUCGGUGGCCUGAGUUCUUUUACCCAAUCUGUGAUGAGCCUACAUUUUGCGGUCUUGACUUUCCAGAAUUCCGUCGCCCAGACCGUGGUAUAAAUCAUUUCUCAAUUCCAUUGAGACCAAACAUGUUUAUGUAUUUAUUACAAGCAGCAGAUGGUGCUGAUAAUUUACGUCCUAGGGGAGGUUCUGAAAUGGAGAAGAAUUUAGACACAGAGAGAAGGAUGUUCUCUCGACUUGUUUCCUAG